AUGUUGCUCCAGGAUGAAGGUUUCCACGAGGCUUCGUUUGCCGAUGUGUCUCAUGUUUCCGUCCUCCUCCAUUGCUACAUUGCUCCCUCCACCACCGAUGCCGCUAGCACUGCCACUACGCACGAGGACGACCGCGACUCUCGCUUCGGCAUUCCAGCCCCGGUGGCCUACUUCACGCCGCACAACUCCUUCUCCACCUGUGACAUCCUCACAGAGGUGCCCGCGGACCCGUGCAUGAACUCCUUGCACUUCCAUGGGCAGCUCACCUGUGAGAACGUCCGAUUGCAUUCACAUGGGUGGGAUGUCUUCACCCCCUGUGCCAACCUCACCUGGGAGACGACCCACGACUCCCGCCAG